AUGGGUGGCAAGACACAACUUCAGCUGGAGAAGGAGGACAAGGAGCGCGAUGCCGCUUUCAACAAGGCCAUGCACGGCAAGACAGCCGCCCAGGCCAACAGCGUCGCCACCAUUCUCUUCAAGAACCCAGAGGCCAAGCAGGCCGCUCUCGACGCCUACUUCAAGCACUUCGACAACAAGAAGGCAGACAACGAGACAGCUGCCGAUCGUAAGGCACGAACCGACGAGUACGCCACAUUGACAAGACACUACUACAACCUUGCUACCGACAUCUACGAGUUCGGAUGGGGCCAGUCGUUCCACUUUUGUCGUUUCUCCGUCGGCGAGCCCUUCUACCAAGCCAUUGCCCGCCAUGAGCACUACCUUGCACACCAGAUUGGCAUCCAGGAGGGCAUGCAGGUCCUUGAUGUUGGCUGCGGUGUCGGCGGACCUGCACGAGAGAUCGCCAAGUUCACCGGCGCAAACAUCACCGGUCUGAACAACAACGACUACCAGAUUGACCGUGCCAUCCACUACGCGGAGAAGGAGAAGCUUGCGAACCAACUGACCUACGUCAAGGGUGACUUCAUGCAAAUGCCUUUCCCCGACAACACGUUCGAUGCUGUCUACGCCAUCGAGGCCACCGUCCACGCGCCCAAGCUGGAGGGAGUCUACAGCGAGAUCUUCCGUGUGCUGAAGCCGGGCGGCGUGUUCGGUGUUUACGAGUGGCUGAUGACUGACGACUACAACAACGACAACCCGGAGCACCGCAAGAUUCGGCUGGUGAUCGAACUGGGCAACGGUAUCUCCAACAUGGUGCCGAUCCAGGAGGGCCUUGACGCGAUGAAGGCGUCUGGCUUCGACCUACUCAAGAACGAGGACCUGGCACAGCGACCCGACCCCAUGCCGUGGUACUGGCCGCUGUCGGGCGAGCUCAAGUACCUGCAGUCGGCAGGCGACUUCUUCACCAUCUUCCGCAUGACCAAGUUCGGCCAGUUCUUCACGCACGGCUUCGCCGGCCUGAUGGAGACCCUCCGCGUCGCGCCCAAGGGCACGCAGAAGACGGCCAACGCGCUCAGCGAGGGUGCCGACGGGCUGGUCGCCGGCGCGAGGCUGAACCUGUUCACGCCCAUGUACCUGAUGGUCGGCCGCAAGCCUUCCAACUAG